AUGAACGACUCACGCCGCUCCAGGCGGCCCGACAGCCGUCAGAUGUGGGAUGAUUCAGACCGUCGCGACAGAAACCCUCCCCGAGACCGCGAGCGCGAGCGCGGCUGGGACAAUCGAGACCGGGAGAGAGAUCGUGGCCGAGGAGGAGAUCGCAGAGGCUACCGGUCGCGGUCGCGGGAACGACGUGAUAACCAGAGAGAUCGAUCAAUGUCACCGGAUAAACAUCGACGAGAUCGUGGGGGAGACAGAAAUCGAGGUGGUCGAGACCGUCGCCCAGCACGAGAUGGAGAUAGGCGGGAUAGCCCUCAUCGGCAGGACGAUUGGGAUGAUCGCGAUGGCAAACGAUCAAAACAUCGUGACGACCGUCGCCGCUCACCAUCCCCUUCCCACUCAGCCCUGCCCACCCGCCCCCAUCCAGAAAACGGCUCCCGCAAAUCCCAGCCCAACAUCAAAGUCAAAUCCGACAAGCGCAGCCCAUCACCCCCUCGCCGAGACCGCAGCAGCAGACGAGACGCAUCUCCCUCGCCCGUUAGAAUGGAGCAGGACGAAUACGACGACGACAUCGAAGUCGAAGGCCAGGACGACGACGACGUGGCCGCCAUGCAAGCCAUGAUGGGCUUCGGCGGCUUCGGCACCACAAAGGGGAAAAAGGUCGCGGGCAACAACGCCGGCGGCGUGCGCAAGGAGAAGAAGUCGGAGUAUCGGCAGUACAUGAAUCGGCAGGGAGGAUUCAACAGACCGCUAAGCCCGUCGCGAUAA